CUCACUUAACCUCCACACAGUGCCGGACGGGGAAUAACUUUAAAUACUUUUAUUUUUUAAAGAUCCUCCGAAUGACAGCUGCUCAGCACCGCCUCUAAAGACGACGCAGAACAAGAAGAGUUUGAUUUCCACUUCCAGAUCCUCUGCGGAGGAACAGAGGAGUUUACCAAAGUCCCGGACACGCUCCAGCGAUGGUGACUUUACGCACGGGAUUUGAAGGCUGUUUCAUCUGACUGCUCCUGUUUUGCUGUCAACCGCUGAAGCUCUUCUUCAUCGCCCGUAAUCUUCAAAUUAGCCAGGAACCCGCAGAAGAAGUGAAUCCAGGUGACGUUCAUGCAUUUUAAACUCAUCCACAAGUGAGAAGAGGGUGUCGGAGUUGAAGUCUCUUAUUCCUAAUGAUGUCUUCCAUGCGAGCAACGCCUCCCUUCCACCCAGCAUCUGAGGAAGAGGAAGCGAUGGGUCAGGACAACCCGGCCUGGGCGAGCGAGGAGAGAGAGGGCCCGAAGGAGCCGCCGACCCCCCCCUCACACGACAGACCCCACCCGGACGAGCUGCAGCCAAUCAGGGAGAAGCUGACGGAUGCUGAGUGGGAGAACGUGGUGCCCGCUGCGAUGGACAUUGAAAGCAGUAAAGGCUGUUCAGUCUACUCAUACCGGACUAACUCUACCUCUCCACCGAAGCCAGAGGAUCCGAUGAUCUGCCUCUCCUUCGGGACGCCGGAGCGCCGCAAGGGAAGCCUGGCCGACGUGGUGGACACUCUGAAGCAGAAGAAACUGGUGGAGCUGACCAAGACCGAGCAAGACGAACCAUCGUGCAUGGAGAGGCUCCUCUCGAAGGAAUGGAAGGAGCGCGUUGACCGUCUGAACGCAAACGAGUUGCUGGGCGAGGUCAAAGGCACGCCUGAGUCGCUGGAGGAGAAGGAGCACCAACUUUCCACGAUGAUCGGUCAGCUGAUCAGUCUGAGGGAGCAGCUCCUCUCCGCCCAUGACGAGCAGAAAAGGAUGGCCGCCUCACAGCUGGAGAAGCAGAGGCAACAGAUGGAGCUGGCCAGACAGCAGCAGGAUCAGAUUGCCAGACAACAGCAGCAGCUCCUGCAGCAGCAGCACAAGAUAAACAUUCUCCAACAACAGAUCCAGGUACGACAGCUACAACUCACCAGCCUUGCAUAUACAGUCCAGGGUCACAUGCCUCCUCUGAUGAUCCCAGUGUUUCCUCACGACCAGCGCUCUCUGGCUGCUGCCGCUGCCGCACAGCAGGGCUUCCUCUUCCCCCCGAGCAUGUCCUACAAGCCAGGUGAGAAUUACCCCAUGCAGUUCAUUCCAUCUACUAUGGCAGCUGCAGCGGCAUCUGGACUCAGCCCAUUACAACUACAGCAGCUGUAUGCCGCCCAGCUGGCAACCAUGCAGAUGUCCCCAGUACCCAAGAUGGCCCCCCUCCCACAGGCUCACAUCUCCUCCGGCCCCCUCUCCCCAUCCAACCUGAAGAACGACAAGCGAUCAUCCAGUCCUAUCACUCACAUUAAGGAGGAAGGAUCCACACAGCCAUUGAACCUCUCAGCCAGACCCAAGACAGCCGAGCCUCUUCGCUCCCCGACGUCCCCGACACAGAGUCUGUACUCCGGACACAAGACCAGCCCCUCAGGCAUGGGCAAGGGCCGCAUCCCCAGCCCCAUCGCCAACAUGGGCAGGAACACCUCUCUGGACAUCCUGUCCAGCCUCAACUCCACAGCCCUGUUUGGGGACCAGGACGCGGUGAUGAAGGCCAUCCAGGAGGCGCGGAGCAUGAGGGAGCAGAUCCAGAGGGAGCAGCUCCACCAGCAGCAUCCGGGACACCACAGCCUGGAGGCCAAGCUGUCGGCCCUCAGCAGCAUGAGCCUGCACAACGGCAACAAGGAGCGUCUGCACUAUGAGACGCUGAGCCAGCACCUGGGGAAGCUCGGGGAGGAUGCUGGGAAAAUGGUGCAUCGGGUGAUUGACCUGACGAGACCAGAAGAUCUGGAUGUCAGUAACAUCACGGAGGCGCGGGUGUUCAGGGAGGCUCGGGGCAGGAACACCGCAGAGCCGCACAUCAAGAGGCCGAUGAACGCCUUCAUGGUGUGGGCCAAAGACGAGCGGAGGAAGAUCCUGCAGACCUUCCCCGACAUGCACAACUCCAACAUCAGCAAGAUCCUAGGCUCUCGCUGGAAAGGCAUGACCAACCAGGAGAAGCAGCCGUACUACGAGGAGCAGGCCCGCCUGAGUAAGAUCCAUCUGGAGAAAUAUCCCAACUACAAGUACAAGCCGCGGCCGAAGAGGACCUGCAUCAUCGACGGGAAGAAGCUGCGCAUCGGAGAGUACAAGCAGAUGAUGAGGUCACGGCGCCAGGAGAUGAGGCAGUUCUUCGUGGGGCCUCAGCCCCCCAUGGCUCUCAGCAGCAGCAGCCCCGGAGGAGUAGGAGUGUACCCGGGCGCCAUCACCAUGGCAACAACAGCUACCCCGUCCCCCCACCUGACCUCAGACUGCUCCAGCAACUCCGCCAGCCCCGAGCCCGCCAUCCCCGUCAUCCAGAGCACGUACGGGAUGAAGCCCGAGCCGGCGGGGGGCGGCAGGGGGCGAGCCUUAAAUCGGCCUAGCAACCGGGCCAACGGACAGGAGGACAUGGACAUGUACGCGGACUUUGAGGACGAGCAUAAGUCAGACUAUAGCAGCGACCACGAGACACGGGAGGCCGUCAGCGCCAACUGAACUCGGGUUGUAAAAAGAGGAAGAUAAAUAAUGAAAAAACUCCCAUUAUACUCAGAGACACUUUUAAAAAGAAAAAAACACAGUUUAUUAUAGAGACCUUCAGGCGGACUUUCAGGACGAACAUGCUCAGAAAAAGGAAAGUAUCUGUGAUGGACAUUCGAGGACGAGGACUGAUGGGACAUUCAGAACUGAAGAUGAACUUCCUACACUUUGACAAUCUCAACAGGACGGAUAAGAUAAGAGUUAGAAGAAAGAAAGACAGACAGAGAAUGAGACAGAACGGGACAAAUGAGCGACGAACACAUUGCCGUGUGGUUUGUAAAGAGCAUGCAUGGAUUUUGAAGCUUCAGGAAUUGGUCUUCAACAGCUAUUUGGUCUUAAAUGUUUAAGGAGUGGUUUAGUUUUUAUCUUUCUGUAUUUACUUUUUUUGUGCUUUUGUUCGAUAGACUUUUUUUCUGACAGGUCGCUGCCUGUACAAACUCUGGACUGUCGGAACUUGAAAUUUGAAAAGUUUUAAUAUAAAUCCUAGCUAUUGUAAUCUUAUAGUCUUACUUUUGUUUCUUACAUGACAGUGCAUCUACACAUUGUUUUUCUGACAAACUGCUUACAUUACAUUACUGUUAGUUUUUCCUUUUUAUAUCCCAGCUCAGGUAUGAUGUGCCAGCUUGUGAAUGUGUUGGUUUUUUCGUUUUCUUACAAAAAGAGUGGUAGGAUUUUCAGACUGUCUAUGAAAUAAAGGGAGCAAAAUCCCUUAUAAUAUCACAAUAUUAUUAUUAUUAUUAUUAUUAUUAUUAUUAUUAUUAGACUAAGUAGGUACCCAGGCAUUGUACAGAUUUACUUCAAAUGUGCCAAAUCUACAUUCACAUUCACUCGGGAUGUUCUAGUCUUAACUUCAAAUGCUGCAAAAAAGUCUUACACAAUCAUCCUUUUCUAUCUGAUGACAUGAGGAGGGGAUCAUUACGCUGGCCUAGAAAAACACACACACACACACACACACACACACACACACACACACACGCUUCAAUCUCUAGCAGCCCAUCGAGCUUUUAGACGUAGAAGAGUCUGUUCUUUAGUUCUGCUGCAUCGGUGCUUUCAUGAACAACAUUUCCCUUAGUCCCUUGAGGCCAAACACUUAGCACAUUGUCCAGUAUUUACCAGUAUGGUGCAAUUGAACACCAACAUUUAGCAUUUGAGUCCUUCCCUUUCAAUCUGGCCAAAGGUACGGACUUUUUUUGGCUUAAUUUCUGCUCAGACACUUUAUUAUGAGUCUUAAAAGUGUACCUAUAGUUCUCGUUAAGGGGCCCGAUUAUGCUUUUUCUGGGAGUUAUAUUGUUUUGUGUGCAUGUAAAUGGUCUGCAAAGGCUCAAAUCCCAAAGUUUCUCUCCCACACUCGCCUCCAUUGGACACAUUUGUGACAUCACUAUGUAACA